AUGGCGAGAUUUCCUAAAUUUUCACUUCAAAUUCUGUGGUAUCAUGAUAAUCUUACCCGCCAUGCAGCAGAAGCACUGCUGCUUUCCAACGGGCAGGAUGGAAGCUAUCUCUUGAGGAAGAGUAAUGAAAGGGAAGAUUUGUACUCCCUCUCUGUAAGGGGAAAAGAUUCUGUGAAACACUUCCAUGUUGAACAUACAGGAACUUCAUUCAAAUUUGGAUUUAAUGAAUUUUCUAGCUUGAAGGAAUUAAUCAUGCAUUUUGCAAAUCAGCCUUUAAUUGGAAGCGAAACAGGAACCUUAAUUGUAUUGAAGCAUCCCUACCCACGGAAAGUGGAAGAACCUUCCAUUUAUGAGUCCGUCCGAGUUCACACAGCGAUGCAAACAGGAAGGACAGAAAGUGAUCUUGUUCCAAAUGCUCCCUCACUUGGUACAAAAGAAGGAUAUUUGAUAAAACAAGGCAAAAUAGUCAAGAAUUGGAAGACAAGGUGGUUUACACUGCAUAGGAAUGAACUUAAGUAUUUCAAAGAUCAGACAGCCACGGAACCAAUUCGGGCACUUGACUUAACUGAAUGCUCAGCCGUGCAAUUUGACUAUUCCCAGGAAAGAGUCAAUUGUUUCUGUUUGGUGUUCCCACUAAGGACAUACUACCUGUGCGCAAAAACUGGAAUAGAAGCUGACGAAUGGAUUAAAAUACUGCGAUGGAAACUGUCGCAAAUACGGAAGCAACUGGAGCAGCGUAACGCCACCCUCAGCUCCUAGCUGCACCUCCGAUACUUCUGCUCCGCUGGCAGGAAUUGCCUCUCUGCCGAGGGGAAGGCAUCGCUUACACGAGGACGGUUUCACGUGUCUCCAUUACGCGCGGUGGGCACGCGUGUGCCUGUAUACCCGCGCGCAGGCGCUUGCAUCCAGCUCUGCACAGAAAGGACUCGUACAGCUGAGUGCUCUGGGGCUGCUGGGUCACGUGUGGAGGCGGUUGCAAAAUCAGAGUGUUGGUUUGAUAUGCAUGGCGUAUGCCUGUAAUGCACUUAAUUCAAACACCUGUUACCACAGAAGUAGUCACUGUUUAAAACUUUUGUGGUUAUUCAGAGCACUCUUGAUAAUUUAUUGCAAGCUCCAUCACAACUAACCAUUAGCAGCGUAUUCUGUGACCUUGAGCCUGUUACUUAAAACCAGUCCUUUCUGGAAACAUUAAGUAUUUCUUUUGUUUUACCUGUUUAGACUCUAAACCAAAAGAAAAAUGACGGAGGCAAUUACAUUUUUGUAAAUAGUAUCUAUAUUACAAUCCAGAGAUUAUUUCAGGGCCCUUACCAAGGUGAUGGAUGAGUAACACUUAGUUCUGCUCAAAUGUGGUUUUGCAUGGUUUAGAUUUACACUGCAGUGAUGGCUACAAGCGAACGUUUCUUUCAAAUGGCAUCUACAGGUAACGGUGAGCAGCAUCGUGCGAGCACGCUUGUUUACAAACGAGGAUUACGAGAAGCAGGCAGCUGGUUCCUGGCACACGUGUGACGGAGCUGCCACGGGACCCCAAGGAUGGGUGACAGGGCUCUGCAGAAAGCUUUGCCCGUGGCAGCCACCAGCGUUGUUCGUAGCAUUACAAGUUGGGUCCCUUACAGUCCCCCUUGAAAACAGGAUGGGUUUUGUAUUUUUUCCUCAUGCAGACAACUUGCAAUGAGGCUUUGUCCAGAACCACGUUUAGAAUUAAGCACUGCUUGCUUUACAUUAAACAAAAAGCAUCAUGUACACUAAAAAUAGGAAUUUAAAAGAAUACAUCUUCUACAUAACCCAAUGUAAAUUUCCAUCUGUAUUUUGGAAGACUUGCACACAUAUAACAGUGUUGUGGCUUGCUACGGAGUUGGGAAGUGGAAGCCCGGUACUUUGGUGCUGUAGUCAACAUAGAUGUUGUUACAUUUUGGAAGCAGUCUGACACACCGGAGGGUCCCAAGACCAGCUUGGCCUGACCUCAUGGCUGAGCCAGCUGCAAGACCCCCUGAGCAAUCCUGCCUCUCCUGGA